AUGGCUUCCACGAGUGGCAGCACAAUGCAUUCCAUGACCAGCGGUUAUUCUUUUGCAGAGGGACUCGACCUCGAGGAGGUAUUUGACAUCAAGGCUGCUUCGUCAGAUUCGAUGGGAUAUCUCCUCGAUGACGAUCCAAGCCUCAAAUCUUUCCCUAUCAACAAUGGGCUUUUCGACGAUGAUCGCAUGGGCGCACUUUGGAAGCCCACGGAUGAUGAUCCUCAUCUAGACGAGGUUGUCAUACUCGACACUUCCGAUCCCCCGUUAGCAGUCCUACUUGGCCGCACCGUCGAGGACUGCUUUCGCGGAUUUCCGUCUCCCAGUAACCUUCCCUCUCCCCUCACUGAUUCAUCAGCUUCCUCACCGGAAACUUCGCCAUGGUGCGAACACUGGCAUCCGCUCCCGAAACAAGACCCGGACCCAGCGAUCGACAUUGUACUCGACAAAAUGUACCAGAAGAUGCGUAUCUAUUCGCCCACCCCUGAACCUGAACUCGAGCCGACAGACCAUGCCGAAACCAGCUCCUUCUCAGUAGAUAAAGCCCCAGUCACUCCUUCGGUUACUCAUUCACCUUCGGCGCGUGACAAUGAGGAAAUUGGGGAACCCUCUCACGUAAAUGCCAAUGGGACAUUAAAUGUCGAAUUACUCCGAGUCGAAGCUGCUGCGACUAUUGUACCGAGCACUACAGUGCAGACACGACCCGCUGCGCCACCGAAGAAGGCUUCUCUUCGGCCUUGUAGAUCGAGUAUGGCGAUCGCUGCUGCUUCAUCACCCGGACCUGCUAGUCCAACAAGUGAUUCAGGAGUGGAAGCGCCACACUUCGACCGGCAACUCAGAAGUCGCUCUUCUACUCCCAAAGACAUACCUUCCGCUGGACAUGAUGUGAUUGCAGUUCCGCCACCUAUAUCAUCGUCCUCCCUACUAUCGCCCAACCGCGUGUCCGUUCGGCGUCGGGCUGAUGAAGCUGAUACCGCCGAUGAUGACAUAGUUGUCGAUUCCCAGCCGCCAGCUAAGAAAGCUAGGGUUUCACCUAUCCGAACGACUGGAAAGGCUAGUCGUAAGAAGGCUAGAAUAACGUCUAGCCCGAGCGCUGGCUCCAGUGGGUCCUCAGCACAAGGUGGGCGGCCCAAGGGGCCCCACAAAUGUCCCCACCCCUGGUGCGGCAGCACUUUCUCGCGCAGGGGAGAUGUGGAACGCCAUCUGAGGAAUGCAUCGGCUCAUAUCACCAGUAUUGAUCAACUCGACGACCGGGCUCGGUGCUCGAAGUGUGGCGAGAACUUAUCUCGGGCAGAUGCUCGGAAGAGACACGAACUCAAGGGCUCUUGUGGCAAACGGACGAUACGCCAGCGUGGGGUUGCGAUACCCCGUUUACCGAAAGCCUAG